AGGGCUUCCAGUAUGAUGUUGAAGAGGAGUGGUGCAAGGGAAAUUCUUACCUUGUUCCUGAUCUUAAUGGGAAAGCUUCUAGAUUCUCACAAAAACAACUAUAAAACUUGGAUAAAAUGCUUGAAGACGCUGUUUUAGGACUACAAAGAGCCAACAGCAGGAGGUGAUUUGGCUAAAAGCACCGGAAUUCAAAGUAUCACUGGAUUGAUUACUCAUCAUGUUCUUCUUCCCACUUCAUCUUUCUGGAUCGGGGGUUUUCACCAUGGAGGGGGGGAGAUGUAGGAGAGGGAGAAACGUUCAUCAGAAACUUCUGGAGGGCUUUUCCGAAGACAGCGGGUCUGCUUCCCCCUCCCCUGAGCAUAUCAAAACCUUGGCUAGGGAAAUGUGUAUUUAAAGAAUUUCUACAUGUAAUUCUAAGGUCAGUUCCCUCCAUCCUUGUAACCACUGUGCUGAACUGAAGAUCCCUUAUCCCCUGCUUCUUCAUAAGGCACGUCUUUCAUUACAGCAAUAGCUCGUGUUCGCCAUCUGGGUGACACAACAUUUCCAUUCAUGUGAUACCGAUAGAGGGUGGGGGUUGCACGAACGUUUGCGGUCAUAAAAAUUAAAUUGGUACUUAAAUCUGAUGCCCAGAAAACUAUUGGACCCUCUCUCAUGCAGAGCAGCCUUAUCCUUCUUGUUCACUUGCUUUUCUCUCAGCAAGUGGCCGUCUCCCCGGACAGACUCUUCAAGUGACUGGACAAGCAGAAUGGCAGAGGCCAACAACAGCUUUUCAGAGGGCUUCGUCCUGAUGGGUAUAUCUGACCAUCCCCAGCUGGAGAUCGUCUUUUUCGUUGUCAUUCUCUUCUCUUACUCGCUGACCCUAGUUGGGAAUUCGACCAUCAUCCUGCUCUCCCGCCUGGAUGCCCGGCUCCACACCCCCAUGUACUUCUUCCUCAGCAACCUCUCCUCCCUGGACCUCGCUUUUACUACCAGCUCGGUCCCCCAAAUGCUGACCAACUUAUGGGGACCAGGUAAGACCAUAAGCUAUGCUGGCUGUGUGAUCCAGCUCUAUGUUUUCCUCUGGCUAGGGGCCACCGAGUGCAUCCUGCUCGUGGUGAUGGCAUUCGACCGCCACAUGGCAGUUUGCCAGCCCCUGCGCUACACCGUCAUCGUGAGCCCUCGGCUCUGCUGGCCGCCGGCUGCCAUUGCAUGGCUGGGCGGCUUGAGCAACUCCGUGAUCCGGUCAACGUUCACGCUGCAGCUCCCAUUGUGCGGGCACCGGAGGCUGGACAACUUCCUGUGUGAGGUGCCUGCCGUGAUCAAACUGGCCUGUGGAGACACAAGUCUCAACGAGGCCGUGCUCAAUGGUGUCUGCGCCUUCUUCACUGCCGUCCCGCUGAGCAUCAUCCCGAUCUCCUACUGCUCCAUAGCUCGGGCAGUGCUGAGGAUCCGCUCAGCUGAGGGACAGAGAAAGGCCUUUAAUACUUGCCUUUCCCAUCUGGUGGUGGUGCUCCUCUUCUAUGGGUCAGCUAUCUACGGGUACCUCCUUCCGGCUAAGACCAGCCACCAGGGCCGGGGCAAAUUCAUUUCCCUCUUCUACUCUGUGGUCACGCCAAUGGUGAACCCUCUCAUCUACACUCUGAGAAACAAGGAGGUAAAGGCGGCACUGAGGAGGCUGCUGGGAAAGGGAAGAGAACUCGGCUGAGAGGAGGGAAAGCUCCAUCAUGCAUCCCCUCUUCUUCUCUACACACUUUUUCUCAUUCUCGCUCUGGCCAGAUGAACAUGAGGAGGACUAACCCUACUACGGCCAAGACGUGUUCCCAGUAGCCCUAAGCUGUUAAGGCAUGGCUAGUGUUGUUUCUAAUGCUCUACACUUGGUCACGAAAAAUCCCGUGGACUACAGGUAACGGAGUAGAUGUGUCCCAUCAACAGCUCACGGGUUGUUGAUUUAGUACAGACCUGGCUCACUGUCUCUAUGGUCCACGUACUAUUUGUUACAUGUAACAAAAUAUUACAUAUUUUUAUAUUUCUAGAGAUUUCUGUGCUUUAUUUAAAAAUUUUUAAUGUUUAUCUAAUUUUGAGAGAGAGAAAGAGAGAGAGAGCGAGCAGGGGAGGGGCAGAGAGAGAGGGAGACACAGAAUCCGAAGCAGGCUCCAGGCUCCGAGCUGUCAGCACAGAACCCGACGCGGGGCUCGAACUCACAGACCGCAAGAACGUGACCUGAACCAAAAUCAGAUGCUUAACUACCUGAGCCUGAGUCACCCAGGCGCCCCACUGUACUUUUCUUUAAAAAGCACUGCCACUUGCAAUAUCUAUAUAUCAUGAUGCUAUACUUCGAUAAAAUCAAGCCAGAUAUGAUUCACCCCAAGUGAAAAUUCAAACAAUUCGUCUUUGUACCAUAUCCAUUCAUCACUUUUCUCAUCUCUCCUUCUCUCUUCCCAGUAUGCCUGUCUGUCUACCCAUACUUCCUACCUAUAUGUUCCUUUGUCAUCCUACUUGCCCUGUCCUUUAUGUCUACCUCCCACCUUCUGCUUCAUCUAAUGUUUAAUGUGAAUAAAGAAAGACUAUUUUUCUCUCAAAUAAACCUAUUUAUUUAAAUUGCCUCCUCCUAAGACCCAACCCUGAGA